CUUCUACUGGCUAAAUUGGUUAACAAGAAAAACUGGUCUACAAAUACUGUGAAUAAAAAUGCAAUGGGAAUGUGAUGCAGCAUCCUCUCAUAAAAUGUAAAUGAACAUUAAAUUAGGUGAUUCAAUUGUUGGACAAGUAUUAAGGUGACAUGUUGAAGGUGAGUCUGUGUUGAUGGCAUCCUAAGCAAAGGUGGUUCCUCUAAUCGGCGCUCAGGUGAGUGCGCUGCGACCCAGAGCCGACAGGUGGAGGAGGGACGGCGCUACUGCCACCUUCCCGACGCUACCACACACUUUACUUCCAGCUGUGAUAGUGAACUGCGUGUUUUAUUUGUUUAUCUCUUCCUGCGGGGAAACGUCUCGGUUUGGUUCAAUCAAGUACUUAUUAAGAAGUAAUGAAAGGUUUGAAAAGUCCAGAAAAGCAAUGGGCACAGCCACGGCCCUCUUGCAGCACCGGGGUAAUCAAGAGUCGCACCUCACGGACGGCGGUUAUAAUAUUUAUAAAAGUAGGUAGAACAGGAUUGGUCAAUAACGAGGGUGGGUCGCCGUGGUUUACACUUGAUUCUUCCAUGAUGGUGCGCAGGCAUAGUUCCAGCUUCUUGGCACUGGAGUCAGGAAGUGAUGAGGAGCGGCUCCCAGUCUCGCGCCUCCUCCAAUAGAUGCUGGGCAAAUCUUCACAUAAACAAGCCUUGACUUAGCUGACGCCUUGUGGGUCGGUGUUGUUGUUCAUUGGAUGAAAGGAUAUUGUGUUCCUGCUUUAUCGGCUGUAUGUUCUGUUUGUGUAAACAUGCGCAUCCUCCAAACAAAACAACGUCAUUCUAUCUUCCCGUCAGAACCUGGGGCAGCUGCUUGAACACUGUGUGAUGUUGACUAAAGCUAAAGGAGUUAUGCUUUACAACAGAAAAGUUAGGUUUGAGAACAAUUCAAAGUACAGUGUAUCAUAUGCCACAGAUUUACAGUCUCCAGAACAGGCAGCGGCUCUUAUCAGACCUUUUAUCAAGACAGGUGUGUGAUGUUCUGUCAUUUUAGUUUGUGGAUUUCUGUCUCUUUCUGUUUUCUGUUUUAUUUUGUAGUCUCGCUUUCUUGUGUGUUGUUUCAGCUUCUCGUGUGUGUUCACUUCCUGUCUUGGUGAUUGUGUUCCCCAGCCCUCAUGUGUUGCACCUGUGGCUAGUUGUCCCUGCCUUCCCUGUGUCUCUAUAUAAGUCUCUGUGUUCCCCUUUGUGCUUUGUCGGUUCAUACUCGUUGUUGUACUCGUUUGACUCGUGGUCAUUUAUGGGUUUUCGUGUCUUGCUAUCUCAUCCAGCUUUCCCGUACUUGUUCCGUGUUCCCUGUGCGCCUUGCCGUUCAGCUUCUGCUCCUCUGUAGUAGUUCUUGUCUCCAGUGUCACCCUGAGGCCUGUUUCAGGUAGCUGGUUUUGAGGCAACCCCGAGUUUGUUCGCUCUGAGUUAGUGGAAACUCUGGGUUUUCCGUUUCAGGUAGCAGGUUCAGCGCAACCGAGAGUUAGUUGCUGCGGCAACAUACGCCGUGGACCUAACCUGCUCGGGAGGUGGUUAGACCUACUCUGAGUUUGUUGUCUAUGAGGCUGAAGGCAGCUCUCCGACAGAAGGAAGUGUUAGAAAUGGCAUGUCCUUUUCUACGAGAGCCCGUGGACGUAGAGGCUGCGAUCCUCAGAAGGAAUCUCCGUGAGGAACGAUUAUUAAGACCCCGGUUGGAUAUACUUUCUUUUCCUGAUAAUUUUCUUCACGAGCGCUAUCGUUUUUCAGUGCAAUCUAUCAUUUAUUUAGACCACCUUCUCAGCCCCCAUGUUAACUGUCAAACGCACCGGGGGCAUGCUUUAAGUUCAAUACAAAUUAUUUGUGUGGCACUCCGUUUUUUUGCAAACGGCAGCUUUCUUUACAACGUCGGUGACGCCGAGCACAUUUCAAAGGCAACCGUGUGUCGGUCUGUCAGAAAUGUGACUUUGGCACUGAAACGUUUUCUUUACACGUUUGUGAUGUUUCCAAGUCACCGACCUAUACGAACAAUCAAGGAAGAGUUCUACAGAAUUGCAGAUUUUCCGGGUGUCAUCGGGUGCAUCGAUGGAACUCAUAUUCCUAUUAAAGCUCCUUCAGUGAAUGAAGGAGACUAUGUUAAUAGGAAGUCCUUCCACAGCAUCAAUGUGCAGGUUGUAUGUGAUGCCAGAAAUAUCAUCACCCAAGUGGAGGCAAAGUGGCCGGGGUCUGUGCAUGACGCACGCAUAUUUCGGGAGUCUAAUCUGAGCACUCGCUUUGCCCGUGGAGAGUUCGACGGUCAUGUUUUAGGUGACAGAGGGUACCCUUGCCUUCUGACCCCGUAUGCCGAUCCCGUGCCAGGACCACAGCAGCGCUACAACCUGGCGCAUAUGAGGACGAGAGCCAGGGUCGAAAACACGUUUCGGAUCCUGAAGGCAAGAUUCCAGUGCCUCCAAAUGCUGCGAGUCACACCAGAAAGGGCAUGAGACAUAAUAAUUGCAUGUGUGGUUCUACACAACAUCGCGAUUUUGAGAGGGGAAAAUUGCCCACCUGCAGUUGCAGAUGAGCAGCACAUAAACCCAAACCAUGCCAUGGAUCCACAGGACGGAAGGGUGGUUAGAGAAAGACUCUGCCAAAAUCAUUUUGUUUGAGUUUUCUAUGUAGUUAAAUGUAUUUUAUUAUUUCCGAAAUGUUUUCUUUGGCAUUCUUUCGCCUUCCUGUAUGAUAGUAAACUCGUGUGACAGACCCAGCCUCUGGUAGGGGGUGACACUGUUCAACAAAAUAACUUGUCCCACCACAGCCCGUGUUCUAAUAAAGACAAUCUACUUUU